AUGGGCUCUGCGAGGGAGUUCCCUUGUAAAUUCUACCGGGGCACGUGGACGCUCCGUACCCGCACGGGCGAGUCGCCGCUCGGGCCGGUGAAGCACACGCUGAACGGCAACACGGGCCGCCAGCUGUGGACCUUCGACCCGGCCGCCGCUCCCGCGGCCUGGGAGGCGGACGCGCUCUCGCACUUUCGGCGCGAGUACGAGGCGAUGGCCGAGGUGCGCCACCACUCGGCGGACGAGCCGCUGCGGCUGCAGGCGCUGCGCGAGACGGGCGGGAAGCGGCGCGCGGCGAAGCCGCUCCCCAAGGGCGCCGCCGAGGCAGAGCAGGUCGACGCGUCUCUGCGGCACGGCAUCGGCUUUUACGGCAGCCUCCAGAUGGAGGACGGCCACUGGCCGGGCGACUACGGCGGGCCGAUGUUCCUGCUUCCCGGGCUGGUGAUCGCCUGCUACGUGACGGAGACGGAGCUGCCGGCGGAGCACCGCGCUGAGAUGCUGCGCUACUUGCGCAACCACCAGAAUGAGGACGGAGGCACGGGGCUGCACAUCGAGGGCCACUCGACGAUGUUCGGGACGUCGCUUAACUACGUCGCCGCGCGGCUGCUGGGCAUGGCGGCGGACGACCCACACUGCCUCCGCGCGCGCGCCUUCAUGCACGGCCGCGGCGGCGCCGUCAACAACACGUCGUGGGCGAAGUUCUGGCUCGCGUUGCUGGGCGUGUACGAGUGGCGCGGCAUCAACCCUCUGCCGCCGGAGAUGUGGAUCUUGCCUUACUGGCUGAUCGUCCACCCGGGCCGCUUCUGGUGCCACUGCCGCAUGGUCUACUUGCCAAUGUCGUACCUGUACGGCAAGCGCGCCGCCUGCCCGCCCACGCCCCUCACGGAGGCCCUGCGCAAGGAGCUCUACGUGGAGCCGUACUCUGAGAUCGCGUGGGAGGAGCAGCGCAACAACUGCGGCCCGGCAGACAUGUACGUGCAGCACCACCCGCUGCAGGACCUGCUCUGGAAGGUCGUCGCCGCAGCAGAGCCGUGGAUCCCUGCCUGGCUACGCCGCCGCGCGCUGUCGUGGUGCGCCGACAUGAUCCUGCACGAGGACGGAUCGACACGGCAUGUCGACAUCGGCCCGGUCAACAAGGCGAUCAACAUGGUCUGCUGCUGGUACGACGACCCGCACGGGGAGGCAUUCAAGGCGCACCUGCCCCGCAUCUUCGACUACCUCUGGCUCGCCGAGGACGGCAUGAAGAUGCAGGGCUACAACGGGUCGCAGGCGUGGGACACGGCCUUUGCAGUGCAGGCCAUCGCGGCGUCGGGCCUCGGCGAGGAGGCCGAGGUCUCGCCCAUCCUGAGGAAGGCGCACGAGUACCUCGACGCGUCGCAAGACCACGGCUGGCCGAUCUCGGACUGCUCUUCGGAAGGGCUCAAGGGCGUCAUCGCUGCCCUCGGCUUGCCCGGCGUAGCGGCGCUCGAGCCGGAGCGGCUGUUCGAUUGCGUCAACGUCAUUCUCUCGUACCAAAACACCGCCGAGCACUGGGGCACCGGCGGCUGGGCCACCUACGAGAACACGCGCGGCCCCGCGGCGCUCGAGCUGCUCAACCCGUCUGAGUGCUUCGGGGACAUCGUCAUCGACUACUCGUACUGCGAGCUGACCUGCGCCUGCAUCACCGCCCUCUCGCACUUCCACCGCCGCCAUCCCGGCCACCGCACCGCCGAGAUCUCGACGGCGAUCAAGCUCGGCGCCGCGCGCAAUGGAUCCGCGACAAGCAGCGGCCCGACGGCUCGUGGCGCGUGGUUUGGCGUGGUCGGCCUCGCCUCGGUCGGCGAGCGGGAGGCAACCUCGCCGCACGUCGCCAAGGCGCUCGCGUUUCUGCGCUCCAAGCAGCUGCCCGACGGCGGCUGGGGCGAGUCCUACUUGUCGUCCUCGAGGAAGGAGUACCACCAUGCAGACGCGUCGCAGGUCGUCAACACGUCGUGGGCGAUGCUCGCCCUCCUCGCCGGCACGGAAGGCUGCGACGAGUCGAUGGCCGGCGCGGCGCCGGUCCUCGCGCGCGCGGCUGCCUUCCUGAUGUCGAUGCAGGAGCCGACGGGCGACUGGCCGCAGCAGCUCAUCUCCGGCGUCUUCAACCACAACUGCAUGAUCACGUACGCAAACUACCGCAACAUCUUCCCCCUCUGGGCCCUCGGCCAGUACCGCCGCCGCCUCCGCGGCGAGCCCCUCCCAAACCUCGACGCGGAGAACCUCGCGCCGUGCGGCAAGAGCCGGCGGGGCGGAGACACAGCGACAGCGAGGGGUGACGUCGAGGUUUGCACAUCGCUGGAACAACGGCAGGCCAGCGACAUGCAGAGCGUGGUCUAUGGUUUGCUAGACCCAUGA